AUGAAUCCCGGAUCACACUGGAUUGCGGUGAAGCAAGUCGUGCGUUAUCUCCGAGGUACAUCGAAGCAUGGAUACAUGCGCAAAGUUGAUAUCGUUGUCUACUGUGACGCUGACUGGAGUCGCGAUCUGGAUAAGCGCAAUUCUACUAGCGGGUACGUAUUCGUGGCGCAACGAGGAGUGAUAUCUUGGUCGUGUAGGAAGCUGAUGACAGUGGCCUUAUUAACGGGCGAAGCCGAGUAUAUGGCGUUAUCGACUGCGGUCCAGGAAGCAAGUUGGUGUCAUGGAAUUACGGCAAUGUUUGGUCAGCAGGCACCGAUAGAGAUCCGGUGCGACAAUCAAAGUUGUCUCUCGAUUGCUAGAAAUGGAAGCUACAAUCCGAGUACGAAACAUACCGAUAUUCGGUAUUUUUAUGUUCGAGAUGUUGUCGAGAGAGGUGUCGUCGAUCUAAUCUACGUGGGAACGGAGAGACAGAUGCCGACGAGUUAA